AUGGGGGGUGUGGCCACAUGUCAGCGUGUGCAGACACCUAACAAUCCAAGGAUCUCCUUCCAGUACAUCUGGUGGUUCCUGGGCGCAUUGUAUCUAGAGCGAAGAAACUUCGACUGUACUGCGACCACGUAUAUGGAUGGAGGUGUUCCCUGCCUCUCCGGCCGAACGGUUGCCUAUCGCACGGAGAUCCUCCAAUCCUGCAUGGAAGCUUUUGUCAAAGAGACCUGGUGUGGCAAAUCGCUCAACGCGGAUGACGACAACUUCCUGACGCGCUGGAUGGUCACUCACGGAAUCAAAACCUACUUCCAAUCCCAUCCCGAUGCCGAGGUUCUCACGACACUGGAGGAGAGUUCGAAGUUCCUCAAACAAUUGUUUCUCACAACCAUAUCGCAAUUAGCUCUCUUAACUGACACCUGCCUAAUCUGGUUAUGCCACACGAUGACCAUGUCGAACCCAACGCUACACACUUGGUGGUUGGGGGUGCUUCUUAUUUGGAUGAUUUUCACCAAGUUCAUCAAGCUUUCUGGCCACUAUCGCCGGCGACCAUUAGAUUGCCUCUUAUUCCCGGUCUCGGCCCUCUUCGGUUAUGUCCAUUGCUUCAUCAAGAUGUACGCUUUAUUCAGUCUUCACGAGGACGCGUGGGGAAAUCGCGAGGCUUUCAGUUUGCCAAACCAACGACAAUCGCCAAAGUUAUGCCUGGGCGCUGCGGCUACCAUGGAUCACGUGCAUCCUCGUUCUAACUUAAUCGCGACAAACGUUCCUUCUGGAACUUAG